GCUGUUUGCUGUCAUCCAAUCACACCACGUACCUGCUUGUGCAUAGGCUGGUGCUUUUUCUACCGGAAUCGGACGAUGUGGCUGUCUAUCCUGGUCUGUGCCCGGUUGGUCGGCACUUAAAACUUCUUUCUUUUGACAGAGAGCUGCUGUGAACUCCGGGCAGACAUGGAGAGAGUUGUCCUGGUAACUGGCGCCAACAGUGGCAUCGGCCUGGCCUUGUGUGACAGGCUGCUCACAGUAGACAGCCAGCUUCGGCUUUGUCUGGCCUGCAGAAACAUGCAGCGGGCUCAGGCUGCCCGCUCCGCCCUCCUGACCUCUCACACCGAUGCCCAUGUGGACAUAGUGCACCUUGAUGUGGGCUCUGUGCAGUCAGUGCUCACUGCUGCACAGGAAGUCAACGCCAGGUACGGCAGAAUUGACUUUCUAUAUCUAAAUGCGGGAAUUAUGCCCAAUCCACAAGUGGAUAUCAAAGCCUUAUUCAAAGGCCUGUUUUCCAGGAAUGUCAUCAACAUGUUUGCGACAGCAGAGGGUCUCUUAACUCAACAGGAUCGCCUCAACUCAGAUGGCCUGCAGGAAGUUUUUGCCACCAACCUCUUUGGUCAUUUCCUCCUGAUCAGGGAGUUGGAGCCUCUGCUGUGUCAACCAAGUCACACAUCAAGGGUAGUGUGGACCUCCUCGAGUAACGCCCGCCACUCUGCCUUCAGCAUCGAGGACAUACAGCACAGAGAUGGGACGGAGCCUUACAGCUCCUCCAAGUACGCCUCAGACAUGCUCAGCCUGGCGCUCAACAGACACAAGAACAGCCAGGGGCUUUUCUCCUCUGUGAUCUGCCCUGGGCUGGUGAUGACCAAUCUGACCUAUGGUAUCCUCCCCUCCUUCUUCUGGACUCUCCUCAUGCCCAUCAUGUGGCUGAUUAGAGUCUUCACCAACACAUUCACACUCACACCGUACAAUGGAGCAGAGGCACUGCACUGGCUGUUUCUUCAAAAGUCAGAGUCUUUGGAUCCGAGGGCAAAGUAUCACAGUUUAACAUCAGGACUUGGAACUAACUACACUCAGCCUCGACAGAUGGACAUUGAUGAUGGCAUGUCAGAGGUGCUUUAUGAGAAACUUCUUGAACUUGAGAAAGGGGUCAGAAGGAAACUGACUGAAAGAAAUAUAGAGUAGAUAGUUUACUCUUUGGAAAUGGACCAUGUGUAAUUUGUAAUGAGAAACAUCAACGGUGCUCUUCGUUAUUUCAUGCUUGCCAAUUUAUACUAUUGAGAUAUGGGUUUGCACGACCAUACUUCUACCUCAGCUUUGAUCUGUUUCAUGUCAUCAGUGAUCUUGUUAGCUGUAGGAGCUGCGCAGCCAGGUCACAAAGCCACUUGGUAACCACAAUCAUAAUAAAAUCAGCAACAAAUUACAGAGAAACACUAGAUGAAACAUUUUCAUGACAAUAGAAAAGGGGUGAGGUUUUGAUUUUCCUCAGAUUCAGCAUUGACACGUGUGAUCACUGAUGUUAAUAUGAUAUUCCCUUCUUAUAUUUUUCAUGUCUAAUUUCAAAGACGUUUUUAUAUGUAAAUUGAUGAUAAUUGCGCUGCUAUUGAACUUUUUAUGUGACUUUUAUGUUUGUGAUCUCAUAGUCAUUUAUUGAUGAGACACUACUCUCAAAUUGUCUUCUUAAUAAAUCCAAGACGUAUCAUGAAUAUCAACCUUCAUACAUGAGCUGCGAUAUUCACACUACUACAAAACUCUACAAAACUCUUUGUUUUGUAAGGCCCUUACAAACCCCUGUUUAACACAAACAGAUGUUUUGAGGUAAUUUGCUGAUAAAAACGUCUUCUCUGCACUAUGUGGCUUACAGCUCUCUGAUUCUUUUAUUUUGGUUGUACAACUUAAUUGGUACUUUCAAGUGGGGUCCUAUUUUUCAUGGAAGACAUUUUUUACAUGUCACAGUAGGAAAAGCACAGAUAAAUAAUAAAAUUUAUGUCUGUAACGUGUGCUUUUCCUGUUAUGUCAAGUCAAAUGUCUGCUGUGAAAAAGGGAUAAUGAUUUGAAUUUGUAAGUUGAAUUGUUGCAAUUUUUUGUAAUUAAGUACUUUUGUAAUAAAUGCUUUUCUUUGUUCAUAGCAUGGCACUAAUGUGCAGAAAACAUGUUAUUAACCUUUUUUUGAAAAGGGAACAAUGUGACGUCCUGUGGCUUUGGUUUUGAGCUCUAAACGCACCACCUACAUCUCAAGUCAACAUUUUAAUCUCAGAAAAAGCCUCUUUUCUAACUACUCACAUCACUCAUGGACAUUGUUUUCUACUUUAAUAAGUCAGAAAGGAUCUCAAAGAAUAAUCAUUAUCAUGACAGAAGGAAGGACAUAUAGCACAAUUCAAAUGGAUUGGAAAUGUAAAAUAUUUGAUCUAUGCUACCAAUCAAAGCAAAAAGGAACUUACCUAUUGAUUUUCUGGAUGAAGAUGGGUGAAAAAUCAUACUCCACUGUCCAGGCAGACAUGUGCCAACUCUUUGCUGUUGUAGAGUGCUGCUGCUGCAAGCUGAUGCUCCAGCAGCACAUUUCUAAAUCUUUUAGCGCCACCUACAGGUGAAACUGUAUCAAAUGCUACAGACUAUGUCAGCAUCCCCAUCUGCACAAUUUUGCUUAAUUUGGUUACCAUGGAAUAUUACAUUAAAGAGAUACUGUGGCAGUUAAUAAGUAGCAUAGUGGUGUUUUAUUAAUAGCCACAUGGUGGGGCUAUUGGUGACAUGCUUCAAUAUGUUGUGCACGUUCUCAUAGAGAAAUUGUGUGCUGACUUUCUUUUUAUAAUAGAGGACAGAAUUGUAGAAAUAUCAUAUUAUAUUAUUACUAAAGCGCCCCUUGUGGGUAGAAUUGUAUGAAAUGUUACAUACUUGUGCAGUGCGGCCAUAUGUACAAUAUUCCCACAUUUGUUGCAUAUGAAAAUAUGAAAUUUUGGAUUGAAGUAAGUUGAUCAAAAAAAAUCUGAUUUCAUUUAUUUGUGUGGAAUAAAUAGAAAGUAAACACUG